GUGAGGGCGGAAGCGAGGAGGAGACAAUAAUAAACAAAAGUAGCUCUGUUCGCUUGCACUGAGCUAAACUUUUAUUCGAAUGGACAUAUAUUCACCUUUAGCCAACAUUUCAAGUCGUUUUUGCUUCUGUUUUUCAUGCCGUGUAUUAUAGCUCGAGCAGCCGGAGUGCUAGCUGAUCUCUUUUUAACAAGCUAAUCUUACUGUUGGUCACUUGUUUUAGCCAUGUCGAUAUUUAGCGUGCAAGCGAGAAAGCACACGGCUUAUUAUGAUCAUUUGCUGUCAACAUCGACGUCCAGGACACCUGGUAGAGAGCGGAAAGCAGACACAGCGUUGGGUAAAAAUGAGAUAUCAUCCGGGGAGUCGGCGUGUGAAGACAGCAGGUCGUCCGAUAAAAGCCGGCAGGUAAAUAGGACUUAUGUAGUCUCUGCGCUGUCAAGAAGUGGCAGCGGGCUACAGACUCCUUACCGGGCCCGACUAACGCUGCAGAGGAGGUCAAGGAGGAAAACCGGGGCUGAGACAGCUGAUAAAACCAUGACAGAAAGUAGCCAGAACACCACACCGGCUCCGGAGAAGAGGCUCACCUUGCAGCGGAGGACCAGGACUCCCUCCAUGGAUAAAAAUGCGCAGCGUGGGGUGAGCGGUGUUACCCCGCAGCCAGCACCGAAAGUCCUCAUUGAACCAAACGGCAGGACACCCGGUAUAUUCAGGUCCACGAGUUUAAGAGAAACUGCAGCUAAGAACAGAGCAGAAGCUGCGGCUCAUGUGGGGACACAGGGGAGGUUGGUUCACACCAAGACUCCCUCCUCUUCCUCCACAGGAAGGCAACCAGAGGACCAGGCCCAAACCUUUAAAACCCCCACCAAAAAGACCCCGUUUGAGAAAAUCGCAGCCAGGAGAGACGUGUUCGAGAGACUUGCAGGGAAAGAAGCUCCUAAACCGGUUUUGGUCAAAUCUGCUAGUCUGGAAAGGCCCAAGUCCCGAGCACAGCAAGCAGGAGACACUAAACCUGUAGCUGCUCCUCGGGUCAGCAAAGUGUCUGCAGGUGUGCACAAACCCAGCACUGGACUGCAGGGGAGAAAUACAACCUCCUCAAAUCAAAAGGGAGACUUGACCCAGGCCAGGACAUGUGCUACUGCUCCAGCAGCCACUGAACAACUCCUGACCCGUCCCAGUGAGACUCUAAAGCAGCAGGACUCCUUUAAGAUGGAGAACAGUGCAGUGACUGUGGCUGUCCGAGUUCGUCCUUUCAAUGCCAGGGAGAAAGCAGAGAAGGCAGUGCAGGUCAUCUUCAUGAAUGGCCAGGAGACUGUUGUCCAGCAUCCAGACUCCAAACACAGCUACUCCUUCACAUACGACUUCUCCUUCUGCUCGGUGGAUGACAGAGAUCCCACCUUUGCCGGCCAGCAGACGGUGUACGAGAUACUGGCCAAACCUCUGCUGCUCAGGGCCUUUGAGGGAUUUAACACCUGCCUGUUUGCUUAUGGCCAGACGGGUUCUGGCAAAUCAUAUACCAUGAUGGGCUUUGAGGAAGAGGUUGGGGUUAUUCCGCGUUUCUGCCAAGAGCUUUUUUCUAGACUGGCCCCCAUGGAAAAUGAAGAGGUAAAAUGCCAUGUGGAAAUGAGCUACUUUGAAGUGUACAAUGAAAAGAUCCAUGACCUGCUGGUGACCAGAGAUGAACCAAACCAGAGGAGAAUGCCUCUGAGGGUGAGGGAGCAUCCAGUUCACGGUCCUUAUGUUGCUGAGCUCUCUGCGAAUGUGGUGAGCUCUUACAAUGACAUUCAGGCUUGGCUGGAGCUGGGCAACAAGCAGAGGGCCACAGCAGCUACAGGAAUGAAUGACAAGAGCUCCAGAUCUCACUCUGUCUUCACCCUGGUAAUGACCCAGACUAAGACUGAAUCUGUGGAGGGAGAGGAGCAUGACCACAGUAUCACCAGCAGGAUCAACUUGGUUGAUUUGGCAGGCAGCGAACGAUGUAACUCGGCCCAGACAAGUGGAGACCGACUCAGGGAGGGUGCAAGCAUCAACAAAUCCCUGCUAACCCUUGGAAAGGUCAUCUCUGCCUUAUCAGACCAGGCACUGACCAGGAAGAAGGUCUUUAUACCAUACAGAGAGUCUGUCCUUACAUGGCUGUUGAAAGAGAGCCUCGGUGGGAACUCUAAGACGGCCAUGAUAGCUACGCUGAGCCCGGCGGGCAGCAAUGUGGAGGAGAGCCUGAGCACUCUGCGCUACGCCCAGCAGGCCCGCACAAUCAUUAACAUAGCCAAGGUCAAUGAGGACACCAAUGCCAAGCUCAUCAGAGAGCUGAAGGCAGAGGUGGAGAAACUGCGAGCAGCCCAGAUGAGCUCCCAGGGCAUUGAACCAGAGAGAGUCAGGCUGUUCCAGCAGGAGAUCACCACUCUGAGGAACAAACUUUGUCAGCAAGAGAGAGAAAUGGUUGAAGCCAACCGGGCAUGGAGAGAGAAACUUGAGCAAGCAGAAAUUCGCAAACGUGAGGAGACUAAAGAAUUGCAAAAAGCAGGUGUGACAUUCAAGGUGGACAACCGUCUUCCCAACCUGGUGAAUCUGAAUGAGGACCCUCAGCUGUCUGAAAUGCUUCUCUAUAUGAUCAAAGAAGGUCGAACCACAGUGGGCAAGCUCAAAUCUGGAUCCAGCCAUGACAUCCAGCUGACUGGAGCCCUCAUUGCUGACCAGCACUGUGUCAUAUCCAGCAUCCAUGGUACUGUCAGCAUCACUCCUAUGGAAAAUGCCAAGACCUUUGUUAACGGCAACCUCAUCUCUAACUCCACUGUCUUACAUCAUGGCGACAGGGUGAUUCUUGGUGGAGACCACUACUUCCGCUUCAAUCAUCCAGCAGAGGUGCAGUCUGGGAAGCGAGUAUCAUGCUGGACAGAGGCAGGCGACGGUCACAAAGACUUUGAAUUUGCCAAAAAUGAGCUACUUGCAGCUCAAAGAGCACAGCUUGAGGCAGAAAUUGAAGAAGCCCAUUUAAAGGCAAAAGAGGAGAUGAUGCGGGGAAUCCAAAUGGCAAAGGAGGUGGCUCAGAAAGAGCUAUCUGACCAGAAGGCACUUUAUGAACACAGAAUCCGAGCCCUGGAGAGCGAGCUGAAUGAGGAGACUAAACGUAAGCGUCAGCAGGAGUUAGACAAGCAGAGGGUGGCCAGCCAAAUGGCAGAGCUCAAGAUGGCUAAGCUGGAGCUGGAGCAGGAGGUGGACACCCAGAAGAAACGCCUGCGUCUGCACAUGGAGGCCCAGGCCAUGGAGGAACAUCGUGUGUGCCAAGCAAGGAUUGUGGAUGCCCUCGAGGCGGAGAAGAAAAAGAUCAGCAAGGAGCUGGAGGAGAUGCAGAAGAAAAAAGCUUUAAGGGAAAACCACACUUCCCGAAACGUCUCUCCACAGUGGGAUGCCAUGAAGUUGUCCUUGAUGAUCGAGGAAGCCAAUAAAAUCAGUGCUAAACUGAGGAAACACACAGUCUUCAGCAGACAUGAAAGCUCUGAAGAUGACAACAUGCAGCAAGGUGGACUGCUACAGGUGCGGGUUCAAAACACAAAGCUGGGAAUUACAACUUUUUGGAGCCUGGACAAGUUCCAGAACAACAUGGCCGCCAUGAGGGAGAUUGAGCAGGGGGAUUCCACCUCUAAAGAUGACGAUGUGUUUUAUGACCCUGAUGAUGAGUGGGAGCAAGAUAUAUCGGCCUCCUCUGCCUCUACCUCCUCCUUUUCUCGCCGAAGGAGCAGGAGUCUUCUGAAGAGCAGGAGAAUCUCAGGGCGUCUCUAUGAGAUCCGGGUUCAUCCGAUUCAGAGCCUCCACAGUGGCUCCUUGCAGUCUGCUGGGUUGAUGGGUGUGACCAAACCUCCCUCUACACACUCCAGCACCACAGACCCUGCCAUUCCCGGCAUUUGCAAAGAGCUGAUUGGUCAGUCAGUGGCCCGUCUGCGUGGUUGUAGUGGGACAGAAGAAAGCAUGGCAGAUAAAUUAAUCUCUGAUCUGAACUUGAUAUACACGGCGUCCCAAAGCAUAUCUGACCUGUACGACAGCCUGGAUGAUGACAGCCAGGACAGCGUGUUCGCGUGUAACGUGGUGGCUCAGACCGAGCUGGUCAAGGCCACAGUUGCCAUAGAGAGUGCAGUGUUUGUUACCAUGCAGUGGUUGGCCAGUGUGAAACCUUCCUCCGGCCUGCUAUAUACCAUCGCUGAGGAACUCAAGAGCCAAGUCAAGAAGAUGGGAGGAUUCUUCCAGAUGCUUAUUCAGGGUUGUGAAUCUGAAAUCACAUCAAUGGUGGUGGAGGCACGCAGGAAGAGCAGUCAGUGCCUGGAUGCAGCGUUGCUUGCACUCGGCCACCUGGCGGCAGUGACAGGCAUGCCGUUGAACACUGUGGGGCUGGGCGUCCAGGCCACAGGCAAGCAAUCUUUGGCCACUUGUCUGCUGAAGGGAACCAAUAAGGGCAUUCGCUCUCUUUUAGAAGAGAGUCUCACCAUCACCAGGGAAAUGCUGAGAGAUGCUCAGCUUGCCUAUCCCAGAAACCCAGUCCUGCAGAGCCUAAAAUCCAAGACACUUGAUUUAGCUUGUGCUCUGCAGAGCUACAUGCAUUACCAUAUUUCUGAGAGAGAAUCAGACCCAGAGGAGGUGGAGGAAGGGGAGGAGGAUUCCUACGCUUCUCAUUUGCAGAGACUGAGAGCUACAUCGACCAAACUCUUCCAGUUAACUCAGGCCAUAAGACAGCUGCAUUCCUCUCUGUCUACAACUUUGCGAGGAAAAGACAGAAGUUCUGACCUGAGCAGCUGCAGAGAGCUGAUCUCCUCUUCUGCCAGGGCUGUUGAUGAGCUGAUCACCGGCCUGUCCAGGGAGGGAGGAGUGGCCCUGUCCCUGCAGCUUCCCUGUCUUCAGACAAUAAUGUCUGCCCGAGACGAGCUCCUCUCUGCCCUGCAGUCCUUGUCCUCCUUCUGGAGCCAACAGGGCAUUGAAGAGAGCAGAAGUUCAGCUGGCUCUGACAAGAGUUCACAAGAUGAAAUCUUAACCAAAGACAGAACCGCCACUCACAGUGCUGUUAGAAAUCGAGUUGUGAGUAAGAUUGUGUACUCUCUUGCUCCAGUUGUGCCAUCCAACGGCAGCCCGCACUGGGUGUAAUGCAUAUUUAUGUUGUUAUUUACGAUGUGCUUCCACCAUUUUUUUCAGGAUUUACAGUAAAAAUGAACUGUUGGCAUUAAGAAAACUUUCGGGUGAGCCUCCUGCUGGGUCACGGGUAGUUUUUUUGUAGCCUCACAUCACAGACAGCAAACACUGUAGAGACUGCUUUAGCGUAGCCAUCCACGAAAUGUACCUAUAUUCACACAGUUUUCCUCACAGCUGGUGCUGAGAUGUAUCGGAGGUCUCUUCUUGAGUUUGGUAAGACUUUGCUUCUCAGCACUUUAAAGGUAUUAUUGACACAUGACCUGGAGCUAAGAAUUCAGUCAUCAGAAUAUGUAGAGUUUAGCAAUGUAAUUAUUAGUAAAUAAACACAAUUAGAAGUAAUUAUGUUUAUCUGUGCCAGACUUUCACUGUUGUACAAUAUUUUUCAGAGGCCACCAAAUGAUUUUUCUGCUGCAUUUCUUAUUAAUAUAAACAUGCAAGGUGUCACUGUUCAGCAGUCUGGUAUACUGAUAUGUAAAAAUUCAUGCAAGACUUUGUCUCCUUUCUCUGCUGUAUAAGUUUUCUUUACUGUAUUAGGGCAUAUAUUCUUCCCAUGUUUGCAGAAAGCUUUGCCUUUGUAUUUUGUGUAACAUACAAUUUGCACUCAGGAGAGACUUGUAUAUUUGGGGUUUCUUCUUAAUAGAUGUACUUUGACAGAGCACUGUUUUAUUUCCUUUAAGUGCUUUGUGUCACCUGCUAAAAAUUUGAUAUGUAAAAAUAAUACAGCAACUUGUACUAAUACAAUGAAUUAACGUGG